AGCGAUAAAGAAACCUAGCCGAAAUCCUAAUCUCUUAUCGCUCACUCUUUUUUUCUCAGCUCCAAUUUCCAAUCUCCAUCUCGUUGAAAUUUUUACGACGUCACGCCCUGAGCAUACGACAGACCCCUACAAAACUGCCCACUCGACGUCGACUAAUAGUCAUUUACUUGAGUCCAUGUCGCUCGCUCGUAGGCCCAGGCUAUUAUGCCUGUUUUGCCAAUCUAGAGCUUUCACUACAUCCACUAUAUCCUACCGAGAUCUGCCGAAGCCAAAUGCUAGCAAACAAUAUAAGGCGACUACGUCGACGGAAACAACGAAAAAACCAACGACAUUCCCUUCUCCAGCACGGUCAAAAAUAGUACCCUCGUCCCAACUGGAAGAUGCGCCUCGGUCUUAUGGUAAAGCAGUUGAUUCAUUCACGCCCAUACCUCUUAGUCGGCCGAUAGGCAUGCCAUUUCCACCACAACCCGGCGAGAAUACAGGUUUAGAUGCUAGAACAUUCAAGCAGCGUUGUGAUGAUUUCCUCAACUAUGAGAAACAUCUAGAGAGACGGGAGCAACUGACGGAAGCGAUGUCGCGCCCGUACUUCCGCGACUGGCGCAACCUCCAGUUCUACAAGGGCGCGUCGUUCUUCCCACCGCCACGCUGCUGGAAAGCCGAGCGCUCCCUAUACUUCCCCAACUUCUGCGGGGAUACAUUAGCCAGAAAGAAUUACUUAUCACAGGACACAACCUCAGUACUACAGGGCAAAGUUUCUAUCGUUGGCCUAUUCAGCAGCCGGUGGGCCCAGGACCAAGUCAACACCUUCUUAACCAAAGAGAAAAACCUCAAGCUUGACCAUAUCUUAAAAGAGCACCCUGAUAUAACACAGCGCGUUCAUAUCAAUGUCGAGGAGAACUCGAUGAAGGCGUGGAUGAUCCGACUAUUCAUCAACAACAUAAGGAAAAGUAUUGGUGAGGAGGAUUGCGGCCGGUAUUUCAUUGUCAGGAAGGGUCUCUCGGAUGAGAUCCGGGAGAACAUAGGUAUGUUGAAUCUCCGAGUUGGUUACGUAUACCUCGUCGAUAGCGAGUGUAGGAUACGAUGGGCUGGUUCCGGUCGUGGUUCUCCCGAUGAUAAAGACGGGUUAGUAAAUGGUGUCGUACGACUCAUAGACGAGAUGAAGAACCCGAAAAAGUACUUCCAGGAGGUCCAGGAUACCUGGUGAACUCAGAAAACCCAGGAAAUCCAAUAAUGCUUGUAACAGCGAUUAGAUACUAUAAUUCGAAAUGAUACCCCUCUGA